GGACUGUGAGCGUGUGCUUGACGGUCGUUCUGCAAUUAUUAUUUAAAAUUUUACAAAUUAAGGCAAGAUGAAUAGGCAAAAUUUAGAGAAAAAAAUAAAGCAACAUGGAAGAAGGACGCAAUGAACGUACAUAAUGAAAUUAAUUUAAAGUUUAUGCAAGAUGCAAUAGCAGAGGAGGAGGAGUUAGCAAACGAAAUCAAUAAGAAAAAGAGGAACAAUACAAACGUGGACAAUGGAAUUAAUUCAGAAUUCAGUCAAGAUGAAAAUAUAGAUGAGACGGAAGAGCCAGAACGUGAAAUCAAUGUGAAUAAAGGCAGCGACGAUAUUAAAAAGCUGGGGUAUCGAAUUGAACACAUUGAAGAAGAGACGAUGAAGCUUAGAAGCGAAAUAGUGGAGAAGGACAAUAUAAUAAAGAAGCAGAAGGAAAGAAUAAUGAAAGAAUGAAAAAGAAUUGGAGAAUUGGAGAAGCAUAUUGAGGCUUACAGAAAAAGAAUUGAAGGUAGCUAACAACAAUUUCUUAUUUCACAGAUUUAGAGGAAGCAUUAAAAGAAAAAAAUGUCAAUCAACCGUCACCCAUAGUGAUGCUAAAUGAUACUUUACCCGUUAACAGGGACAAAUUGGACCUGUUAAAAGUUUCAUGUCAAGGCAAGACAUUAGUUUUUGUGGGAGGACUUGCCGAACUGUUUUUUGGAGAAGAAGUUUUAAGAACUUAAUCUGUGCAUGGGAAGAUGAAUAAUAAAUAUAAACAUGCUCCCAAGUUGCCACCACUGGGCUCAACCCGCUUAAAUGCAGUUUUCGGUGGGUAUCAUCAAUGGCUUCUCGAACAACGAUGGUCACAGGAGAUGGUUGACAUUGAAUUAAAGAAAUUCUUUAGAUAUGUCGACUAUGAAAGAUGUUCUCUCCAAUCUAGCGAUAUCGCAAAGCCGACUUCCAGAAAAUGGAAAGCCAACUAUGACGAAGAGGAUCGCACACAAGAGAACAAUGGUGGUAACAAAAUAUCGUUACACCCUCAACCUAAAAAUUUAAUUACCAUCACGGCUGAUGUGCACUAUGAACCAGGCAGCACGGACAAAAAAAUAGAAAAUAAGGAAAACGAAGAGGCACCAACUUAUAAUUCCGUACCGCAUUCCAUAACUUCUAUUUUAAACGAUCCUAUAAAAAGUAGUCUAAGCAUUACACA